UCCAUCCCAGCUGGAUCCUCCCACCCCGGGCUUGAUUGGCAGCCGGGGAGAGAGGGGAGGGGGUGGAUUCUGUGCAUCUGAGCGACAGCCGGCCUCUCACCAUCCUCCCCCCACCCCCUCCACCCCCGCUUGGGUCUCUCCAGGGAGGGAAGCCGCGGAGAUCCUGGAGCGGCAGGUGCAGCCAGCCCCCUCCCUCAGCACCAGCCUCCUCCGGCAUCCUCCACCGGGACCCCGCGCAGCUCCUGGACCACCCUCGCCGCCACCACCGCCGCCUCUCCAGCCCUGAGCUCAUCCAGCAGCAUCCGCGCGGGGAUCUCACAAGGCGAAACCGAAACCCAGGUUAUUAAAGCUUCAGUUUACAUUCACACCGCAGCGACUUUGAGUUGACAUGGACCAUCUCUGAAACUGACUACCUGUCUGCUAAAGUCUAUGCUGCCAGACUUCGCUACGGGAGCUAACUGAACUCUGUGGUUUUCGUCGGCCUUUAUUUCCAUCCCUUGACAUCACAAUGAGCAGCAUCCUCUCGCACUUGGACCCCCGGCGGAUCCAGUGGGGUGCCACAUGGUACGCCAUGCACUCUCGAAUCCUCCGCACCAAGCCAGUGGAAUCCAUGCUGGAAGGGACAGGCACCACCACAUCCCAUGGAACCAAACUGGCCCAAGUGCUCACUACCCUGGAUCUGGUUUCAUUGGGUGUUGGAAGUUGUGUUGGCACCGGGAUGUAUGUGGUCUCUGGCCUGGUUGCUAAGGAGAUGGCCGGGCCGGGCGUCAUCGUUUCCUUCAUCAUUGCAGCCGUAGCCUCCAUUUUGUCUGGGGUUUGCUAUGCCGAGUUUGGUGUGCGAGUUCCAAAAACCACUGGCUCCGCCUACACUUACAGCUACGUCACGGUGGGAGAGUUUGUGGCGUUUUUCAUCGGAUGGAACCUAAUCCUGGAGUAUCUGAUCGGCACAGCAGCAGGUGCCAGUGCUCUAAGCAGCAUGUUCGACUCCCUGGCCAAUCACACCAUCAGUCGCUGGAUGAUUGACAGCGUCGGGACUUUGAAUGGGCUGGGUAAAGGAGAAGAGUCUUAUCCAGAUUUACUGGCUUUGCUCAUUGCUGUCAUCGUAACGAUCAUUGUCGCUUUGGGAGUGAAGAACUCUGUGGGAUUUAACAACGUCCUCAACGUGAUUAACUUGGUGGUGUGGCUCUUCAUCAUGAUUGCUGGACUUUUCUAUGUCAAUGGAGAAUAUUGGGCCGAAGGGCAGUUCCUGCCAUUUGGAUGGUCGGGGGUGCUACAAGGUGCAGCCACCUGCUUCUAUGCCUUCAUUGGAUUUGACAUCAUUGCCACCACUGGAGAAGAAGCAAAGAGUCCCAACACUUCCAUCCCUUAUGCCAUCACUGCUUCACUUGUCACAUGCCUGACCGCAUAUGUGUCCGUGAGCAUAAUCUUGACUCUGAUGGUGCCAUACAACGACAUUGAUACUGAAUCGCCCCUGAUGGAGAUGUUUGCAGCCCACCGAUUCUACACUGCCAAGUUCAUUGUUGCCAUCGGGUCUGUGGCUGGGUUGACGGUGAGCUUGCUGGGCUCCCUCUUCCCUAUGCCUCGGAUCAUUUAUGCUAUGGCUGGCGAUGGGCUUCUCUUCAGAUUCUUGUCCCAUGUAAGUUCUUACACGGAGACUCCCGUAGUCGCCUGCAUUGUCUCAGGGUUUCUCGCAGCCCUGCUCUCCUUGCUGGUAAGCCUGAGGGACCUGAUAGAGAUGAUGUCCAUCGGCACAUUGCUCGCCUACACUUUGGUCUCCGUGUGUGUCCUGCUUCUUCGGUACCAACCAGAAAGCGACAUUGACGGCUUCGUCAAGUUCCUUUCUGAAGAGCACACUAAGAAGAAGGAAGGCAUCAUAGCAGACUGCGAGAAGGAAGUCUGCUCUCCGGUCAGCGAAGGGGAGGAGUUUGCAGGCCCGCCCACCAACACUUGUGGCGCUAAGAACCUGCCGUCCUUGGGCGACAACGAGAUGCUCAUUGGGAAAUCAGACAAAUCCGUUUACAACGUCAACCACCCCAACUAUGGCACGGUUGACAUGUCUUCUGGAAUAGAGGCAGAUGAGUCUGAGAACAUCUACCUCAUCAAGCUAAAGAAACUCAUAGGACCACGAUACUACACUAUGAGGAUCCACCUGGGACUUCCUGGGAAAAUGGAUCGACCCACUGCAGCUACUGGCAAGACUGUCACCACUUGUGUGCUCUUGCUGUUUGUCUUAAUGUUCAUCUUCUGCUCUUUCAUCAUUUUUGGGGUGGACUACCUCUAUGACCAAAGUUGGUGGGCAAUUCUUCUGGUGGUCCUGAUGGUCCUGCUGAUCAUUGUGUUGGUGUUCGUCAUCCUUCAGCAGCCAGAAAACCCAAAAAAGCUCCCUUAUAUGGCUCCUUGCCUGCCUUUUGUCCCAGCCUUUGCUAUGCUUGUGAACAUCUAUCUCAUGCUGAAACUUUCAAGGAUCACCUGGAUCCGGUUUGCUGUCUGGUGUUUUGUGGGGUUGCUGAUUUAUUUUGGCUACGGCAUAUGGAACAGCACACUGGAGAUCACCGCUCGGGAAGAGGCGCUGCAUCAGAGCACAUACCAGCGCUACGAUGUUGAUGUCGACCCUUUCUCCGUCGACGAUGGCUUGGCCUACGCCGAGAACGACAACUACCAGGACUGGGAUCCUGCCGACGACAAAGGUUUCUCUUACCAGCAGAUGUCAGAAGCAAAGGAAAACAGUCGGACAAGUAGCAAAUCAAAGAGCAAAGGCAAACACAAACAGAACUCGGAUGCACUGAUUUCAAAUGACGAGUUAGACUACUCGCCCGAGUAGAUGAAAUGGAAACACAACCGUUCCACUCUUUGUCACUAAGCUAAACCUUGGGCUUCUUUCGGCUCUCAUUUCAAACCCAUCUUUUCCCAUAAAGUUUGUUUCCAGAAGUC